AUGACGUCAACUCCAGCGGCAGAACACACCAGCAAGUCGUUGAGUGAAAGUUGGGCAGCCUUGAGUGCUUCCGACGCCCAUUCCGAGGAUGGCACUCGUUCUGAGCAGACUGACGCGGGAUCUCUGAUUGAUCACACCGGCCCAGACGACGUUGCAAGUCUCGAUGACCAGUACAGCUGCAGCGAGGCUGAUGGGGUUGGCGAAGAUGACACUGAUGAGGGGGAGUAUAAUCAAAGGAUAGAUUCUGAGUCUCAGGAGCUUCCCUCCCUAUUUACUCAAACGGGCGAUGCCAUCGAUGGUAGUAACCUUACCGCUAAGACGGCCUUUUAUCAAUCGAGCGAGUCGAUUCAAUUCAUCGAGCCUGAGCAGUGGCCUGAAGCCGAACGAGUAGAGCUGAAACACACCAUCCGGGUCAUUGACACACUUGAGUCCACAGAACUCCUAGAGCAUCUUGGUUGCGACUAUCAAGACUCCCUCCUCACAGUCACAGUCCAACAGACGAUGACAAAAAGAAGCCUCGACACCGAGAAACCGUUUCGUGUGCUGUAUAUUGGGCACUCCGAUUAUCGCACUAUCAUACUAGACAAAAUCGGUGAUGUUCUAGUGUCAAGCUCAUGCAGCAGCUAUGAGAGUAGCUCCACCGAGUCUUCCAGGUACCAUGUCGUUCCCACUGCAUUUGGUGCAGGGGCCGUACCGAACUUUGCAGAACUUCUUCCGAUCCAUGUGCAGCUCAUUGUCGACGAGUGCGUUCAAGCUUCUUCCGACGCUCAGACCGACGAUUCUGGCUCGAUCAGCCUGAUAUUCAAGAAUCGGCCCGCAUGCACGUCUUCUUGGAGCGGAUUAGACUACACAGUCUCAUCCUCUUCGGACUGGACACUCCCGGACGUAGCCAUCCUUUUCCUUUCAACCAUGGACACACCUGAUGCUGUGGAAACGCAAAAACUGGCUCGUAUCUUCAUGGAACGACAUGGUGUUCCGACUUUGAUGAUCUCGGAGAAGCCGUUGUGGAAGAUGGCGAGCGAGCCAAUUCCUCUGAACUACCAUAGUCUUCAUAUGUGUCUGGAGUCUCGCCAUCCAACUACUGGGAAGAGUACAGUUCUGAGGAGGUACCCCAUCGAUCUGAAGACUUUUGAGAGUAUUACUCCUGGGCAACUCAACCGGAACCUGGCUUCUCUAGCAGAGGUCUGUCCUCGCGUGCCAUCCAAAGCCCGGGUGCGCCUAUCAGAUUCUCCAGAAGGAACUAAAAAGCGAUUUUUUAGCACGGAGAUCUUCAACAGGGCGAUUUCUGGCGUCUACUACCGAAAUGACGACCGCGACUGGACGCCCCUCCUGCGUUUGAGUAUCAUGACAAUCGUUUUAAUCACAACUAUCACAUUGUGCUAUUCGGCCCUACAGGUUACUACUGUGUCCCUCUUACAUUUGUUCUCUCAUCCCACCAUUUCAAACCCCCCAUCUCCUGCUGUAAUGACAAGCCCCUCCAGCCUUCUUUCCAUGGGAGGACUCGGACAGACUUCUCUUUCAGCACCGUCCGCAUCAGCGGAGGAAGUACAACUGCUCACAAGUCAAUAUUCCAGUCGGCCUCACUUCGGGAACAUUAUUAGUGGAGUCGCAUCUGGUCCUGCGCAAGAGACGAAAUCGAACCAAUUCCAGAUACAGGUAGUCGGUGAUUGCCACCUUGUUCUAAAGCCUCCGCGUACGUUCUUCAGUAUGAAGAAGCAACCCAAAUUCGAUGUCCAAAUCAGCAGGAAUAAUGUUUCUCUUGCUUAUGAGUUCUCUAAGCUAUUCGAAGGAGUGUACACGCUAAGACUAGACAGGGGAGAUGCUUAUGGUGUCGUUGACAUCAUCAUCACUGCAGACACAAAGCCAUUCCUCAAUCAGACCAUGUCAGUCGAUUUGGGGACACCCUGGCUUAAGAUCUCGAGCUGGAAGCGAGCGGCGCAAGCUAUUUCAUCCCAACUUGCGCGAGACUUGGGUUUAGCGCACACCAGCCUGUCAGGGGCAUACAGUCGGUUGUGCACCGAUUUGCAGUUGAUGAUGGGAGAUGUAGUGAGGAAAGCGCAUUUCUUGCGACAUGAAGCUGAUAUAAUUCGGCAAGGCUCUGCGCAAUUUUCUUUGGAGACGAGAGAGGCAGUUAUGUCUACGUCAAAGCAACUUUCAGAGGUCGUGAAGCGCACUGCUGUGCAACCAUUUCUGGCAGCCUCAUCUGUGAUACAGAGUCACACAGACAGAUUUAACAGAGAAGCCAGAGGGUUCAUGGGCGACACAUGGAACAAAGUCAGCACCUCUGCCCGAAGUCUCGACCUUGGGGCCCUCAAGCGCCAAAUGCGAAACGCUAGGAAAUGCGACGCUUUGGAUAGGGCUCAGAGAAGGGUAAAGAGUCUGAUGAGGCGAAAAGCUUCCCGACACCCGGAAGAUUCCUCAUAA